UCCAGAGUGCGCAAGGUCUUUCAAGCCACAGGGCAUCACCGGACAUGUUAGGUCAUGCGCGAAGAAGUGGUGCAAGGAUAAUGGUUUUUAAAGGAAUGCGACAAUUAUCAAACUGACGAGAAAGCUGAUCUAUGAUACUUCAAGAUCAUGACGAAUGUCACUGAAAACGAGCUUCAGUAGCUCGGAGGUGGUAAUCUGACCUUGUCUUUUAGUGUUAUGUGACCUACGGCAGACGAACUUCCAGCAUUAGAAAAUUGGAUGCUCCGCGCGCAUGGAGCUUGCCACGGCGUGCAGCCGGACCAAACUUGCUGAAUCUGAGAUGAUAUAUGCAGAAUUUCAAAGGCAAAUCCGUCAGCGAGCUUCUUUUAAUUCCAUUCUGAAUUUCUAAAGGGUUGCCACAGUCCCUGCGAUUUCUUAUAGUAAAUUUAGGCAUUUUUUUUCUUCUGUCACUUUUUUUUCCUUUCUUUCCUCCUUUCCAUACGCACAUUUUGUCUUGUUUUUCUCUUUAUAUUGGCAUUACAUUCGACCAUCGAAUAGCAGACAGAACAAAAGUUAUUCUAAUGAAGGAACGUUUUUAAGUGCCCCUUCGCUUUUUCAACGAAACCUAGUGGAUUAUAGGUUAUCGAUGAUGCUGAUUCCGAAUAUGAGAGCUGCUCUAAGGGCUUCAAAGAUCCGGUUUUCUGGAAAAUCAGUUUUUCAGGAACUCUGAAAAACAACCCAAACCUUUCUUAAUGAGACAUUAUUGUAGACCCGGUUUUCUGGAAAACCAGAUUUUCAGAAACUCUGAAAACAACCAACGUUUUUCUUAAUAAGCCAUGCUUGUAGCUCGCACAUUUCUGAUUAAAAUGAGAUAUCUCCCAGCUCUACAGGACCUUUCUUUGCAAAGUUAUAGAAUUUACAAGAGAAGCCCUAAAUUAGUUUUUUAGGUCCUUUGAAGCCAUAAUGGCAGCUCUCAUAUUCAUAUUCGGUAUCAGCAUCAUCGAUAACCUAUAACCCACUAGGCUUCGUUGAACAAGCGAAGGGGCGCUUAAAAACGUUCCCUCGUAAGUUUAGUUUCUUUUAUUAAAAACAGCCGAAAGUUCAAAUCAGGCAGAAGCAGUGAUGAACUCAAAAGACUCAAAAACAUGCCAGAGUUUACCAGAAGAUAUAGUAGAGACUGUGGCGACUUUUCAGAAACUCAGAAUGGAAUUAAAAGAAGCCCGCUGGCGGAUUUCCCUUGAAAUUCUACAUAUACCACCUUAGUUUCUUCAAGUUUGGUCUAGUGUACAGUUGAACGUUUGCUACAGUCCAAGGAGAAAAAUAAAUCUGUACAGUUAUAACUCAUGUUCUUGAUAUGUAAAGCACCGUUCAAAAGAUAAAUAAUAAACAUCAACAUUUGAGAACAUUUUUAACCAAGAAGUCCGUCAUGUUUACGCAGUCCCAGAGAAACUUUUUUAUUUGCCGCUUAAUAUUUCAAUUCUCAGCUUCUCGGAAUACUGGGACAUCUAAACACACCAUAUAUAAUUAUAUAAACGCCUGAAAAAUCCUCAGCGAUAUUCUAAAUAACUGGAAAUUAAGUCCAUUUUUCGAAUUUCCAAACGUUCAUAUAUAAAAUCGCCGAGAAAUUUCUGGAUUGAAAAUCGCUGAGCAUUUUUCACAAUUUUAGAAUAUCGAAGUUAUAAAUGCGAUUUUCCAGAAUCUGAAAAAUCCUCAGGCAAUUUAUAUAUGGACCUUUUGAAAAUCGCCGGAAAUUUUCUAGAAAUAUUUCCCGGUAUUACAGUAUAGCAGUGUGUGAUUGAUUGUGUUUAAACGUUACUAUGAUAUUGUACUGUGUAUAUAUUGUUCUCUUCUCUCACUCGAGAAACACAUCUUAUGUCAUGAAGAAAAAAUAUUGGAAUUCGAAAUAAUUUAAUCUACCUUUAUUUAGAAUCUCUUACAUGUGGGUGUUAUUCGUUCAGUUGCUUAUGUAUGGAUACGUCUAUUACUUAUGAGGAAUGUAAAUCCUUGUACUCAAGACAAGGACGGUUAUACACCAGCUCACUAUGCCGUUGAGCGAGAUGAUGUUGAAAUGUUGAAAGCAUUAACGGUGCGAUUCCACUCCACAGUUCAAGUGUUAGAAGAUACUGAAAUCACUAAUAUCCACCAUCGAUGCCUACAAGCAUUAGCUGUACGGGAGAAAUUUGGUGGAAUGACUCCAUUUAUGCUUGCAUGUAAAAAACAAGCUGAGAAAUGCAUGAGGUAUAUUCGUGAGCUAGGUCUGGCUUUUGUGAACGAGCAGGAUGUAUAUGGCGACACGGCACUGCACUAUAUUGUUACACGAAAUAACGUUGCUUUAACAAAUUAUCUGGUUGAUGAAUGUGGGGCUGAUUCCAAUGGUGGUGAUGGGCAACGUCCUAGUCCAUUAGACAUAGCACUGUACACUGGAAAUAUCGAAAUUCAGAAAAAGUUAAAGAAACACAAUGGACAAUCUCGAUGUCGAAUUGAAAAACGAACACAUUCAUCGUCUGAUGUUACAUCAAAAUUUGAGCAUUUAACCCUUAAUUCAACUACGAACAAUAUCACUCCGCUUGUCACUACUCCAACAAUCUCUAGUUCAUUUGUAGAAUGUGACAGUGAUCAGGUUGAAAACCCGAGAAAUAUAACAGAUGAUCAAAGCUGGACGGCCCAUGUAUUUGAUCUUCAAAGCAAAGCUAUCCAGUCUAUAGUAGCAACUGACUUCACUAAGGCGUUCAGUUGUUAUAGGGAUUUAUUGGAGUUAUACAAGCAAAAAUAUUGUAAUAUGUCUCAUGUAGACAUAGCUCGAGCAAAUAAUAACAUUGGAUCGAUCUAUCAUCGUAUUGGUGAAUACGCAUUGGCAUUGAGCAGUUAUGAAGAAGCUUUAAGAAUAGUUUCUAAUCUAAAUAAUCAAUCAGAAAUGGCUAACUGUGAAUCGAACAUUGGGUUAAUAUUCGCCAUACAAAAUAAUGAUACAGCCGCUUUAGAACAUUUCCAAAAAGCAUUAGAACUAAUGAAUCCAGCUCAAAACAUAAACAAAAGAGCGAAAUUAACACGGUUUAUUGAAAUCCUAAAGACAAAACACAAAGAUGAAUGCACUGACGCACAGGUUUUUAACAUAUAA